GGGAAAUAAACGGAAAGAGUUGAAGAGAUUUUGAGUGCAAGUUUAUUUUUCAGACCGAUCUCAGUGUAGUCUACCCAACACAAUACAAUCAGGACAUACUGAGACUAACAGGUGGAAAUGGGUAAAAAAUCGGAAGAGGACAAGUCAGAAUAUGGCGAUCCAGCACAGUAUGAUCCCACGUUUAAUGGGCCGAUACACAGGAGGGGCUGCACGGACAUCAUCUGCUGUAUUCUCUUCAUGGCUGCCAUCGCAGGGUACCUGGUGGUGGGAAUUAUGGCCUGGCUGUACGGUGAUCCUCGCCAUGUCCUCUAUCCCCGCAACUCCACCGGAAUGUUCUGUGGCCUCGGACUCAACAAAGAGAAGAGCACUGUGCUGUAUUUUGAUAUCAUAAAGUGCGCCACGGUAACCAACAUCAUGGCAUCUGCUCUGAAUGGCCUACAGUGCCCCACAACACAGGUGUGUGUAAAACAGUGCCCCACUGAAUUCUGGGUGUUGCCUCCGAGGUUCUACCUCAACAUUGCUAAGGCGAAGGACUUUCCCAAACCAGAGUACUGUGUUCCCUCCCUGGACCUGGCCACCACAGACCUGCCCGUCAAAGAGAUUGUUGCUCGAGAGCUUUGCCCUUUUUUCACCAUUCCUACAACCCCAGUGCUGGGAAGGUGUUUGCCUGCAGUAGGAUCUCUAGACCGUAUUCCAGGAGACUUCAUCCUCCCAGGAAUGUCUUCUCCCAACGAUACAGCCAAUGCCAUCCGGAACGCCACAGGGGACGUGGUGUCUGGUUUCAACGCGGAGGAGGUCGGAGUGCGCAUCUUUGAGGACUUUGCCUCCUCCUGGCACUGGAUUCUCAUUGGGCUGCUCAUAGCCAUGGUGCUCAGUUUGAUGUUCCUCCUGCUCCUGCGCUUCACUGCAGCAGUGAUUGUGUGGGUCCUCAUAGUGGGAGUGCUGGCUGUCAUAGCCUAUGGAAUCUGGCACUGCUACUGGGAAUAUGACAACUUUAAGUCCUCUGACCUGACCAUCAAGGAAGUGGGCUUCACCACAGAUUUCUCUGUGUACCUGCAGGUUAAAGACACUUGGCUUGCCUUCUUGAUCAUCCUCUCCGUGCUGGAGGCCAUUCUGCUCCUGCUGCUCAUCUUCCUGCGGAAGCGCAUCCUCAUCGCCAUUGCGCUCAUCAAGGAGUCCAGCAAGGCCGUGGGCUACAUGAUGUCAGCACUGGUGUACCCCCUCUUCACCUUCACCCUGCUUGUGGUGUGUGUGGCCUAUUGGGGUGUCACUGCCCUAUACCUGGCCACGUCUGGGGAGCCCCUGUACAGGAUGGUGGCCCUGAACUCCACGGAGCUCAACUGUGACUCCAUCAGCGGCAACGAGACCUGCGAUCCUCUGCUCUUCAACUCCUCGGCCUACCAGUCGACCUGCCCGUCGGUGAGCUGCAUCUUCAUAAAGUACAACAACGAGGGCCUGUUCCAGAGGAACCUCUUCAACCUGCAGAUCUACAACGUGCUGGCCUUCCUGUGGUGCGUCAACUUCGUCAUCGCCCUGGGCCAGUGCACCCUGGCCGGAGCCUUCGCCUCGUACUACUGGGCCUUCAACAAGCCCUCGGACAUCCCCAUGUUCCCCAUCUCCCAGGCCUUCAUACGCUGCCUGAGAUACCAUGUGGGUUCGUUAGCAUUCGGUGCUCUGAUCCUCACGAUCGUCCAGUUCAUUCGGAUCGUAUUGGAAUAUUUGGACCACAAGUUUAGAGCUGUGCAGAACGGAUGUGCUCGUUUUGUCAUGUGCUGCUUGAAGUGCUGCUUCUGGUGUCUGGAGAAAUUCAUCAAGUUUCUCAACAGAAACGCCUACAUCAUGAUUGCCAUAUAUGGAAAAAACUUCUGUGUCUCGGCGAGGGAUGCGUUUCUGCUUUUAAUGAGGAACAUCGUUAGGGUGGUGGUGCUGGAUAAGGUGACGGACCUGCUGCUGUUCUUUGGGAAGCUGCUGGUUGUGGGAGGAGUCGGGGUGCUGGCUUUCUUCUUCUUCUCUGGACGAAUCAGGUUGGCUGGAGACACCUUCAUCGCCGAACAGCUCAACUACUAUUGGGUGCCCAUCAUUACCGUGGUGGUGGGUGCGUACCUCAUCGCGAGUGGGUUCUUUAGCGUCUACAACAUGUGCGUGGACACCCUCUUCCUCUGCUUCCUGGAAGAUCUGGAGCGGAACGACGGCUCCGUGCAGAAGCCGUACUACAUGUCGAAGAGUCUAAUGAGCAUCCUCAACAAGAAGAACAAAGUGCCCAAGAGCGGUUGAGAAGGAGACGGGCGGUGAAAAUAACGCGCCCCCCCCCCCCCACUCCUCCAC